AUGACUUCAUCCCCUCAGGAAGUGCCGCUGCACUCCAUCGAGAGGACACCCGAAUAUGAAGACUUUAUGACCAAGCUCAAGGAUUACCACACCCUACGAGGCACGACGCUAGACCCGGAACCCAAGGUUGGAAUGAUCCAUUUGGAUCUGUUCAAGGUCUUCAAUCAUAUAGUCGCGAAUGGUGGAUACGAUAAAGUAUCGGAAGAGAAGCUGGCAUGGCGGCGAAUGGCAGCAGAGCUUGGCCUACAUUCCAAUAACGAGGCGUCAACGGCUUUUGCUCUCAAGGAGAAGUUCUACAAGAACCUGGCCGCAUACGAGAUCAAAACAGUCCACGGAAAGGAACCGCCGCCAAAGGAUAUCUUGGAGGAUGUCACUGCUAAGGGUGCGAGCCUCCUAACACGGACGAGAGAAAACUUUCGCGGCAAGAGAGAGAGCAACGUCGGGGCCACAGACAGCCCUGCUUCUGGUGAUGAUGGCACCCCGACGCGUGAACGACCGGCACCAGACCCUGUCUCAAGCGCUCGAGCUUCUCGUGGUCUUCGCGAGGCGCCUCCGCAGAGAGUCAUCUUCCAGCCCGAUACAGGCCCAGCUCGAGCCACAAGACAGGCGUCAAACCAGCAGGGCAAUAAUUCAGCCUCACCAGCCAUUAACCACGGCCAGCAAGCCGCCGCUCACCAUUCAGCCGUCCAUCCGAUGCCGCCAAUGGCAAUUCACAACAACUCAAGAGGCCCCUCAAUCUUACAUCAUCCUCCCAACUCUGAAAACACAUCACAUCUAGUCACUUCUUAUCAACCGAAGCCAAUGAAACCACUCCAACUACGCCCUGUGGCAACUCCAAGUAAUGCGCCGGGCGAAUUCUUUAAAGCAAGGCUACCGCACCGCUUUCCUGUGGAUUCUGCCAACAGACAGCCUAUGCAGCCUGGCACUGGCUUUGAUGGCCCUAAUAUCUACACUCGUUGCCUGAAUGCUCUUCGUUCCGGUGUUACCGCAGAGCAAGCUUUUGCGCUCAACCACUUGGUGAAGAUAUCAUUUGAACGAGGUGAUAAGUACAAGUUUGACUCUUUCCCGGGACUGGCUGAGGGGCUUGUGGAGAAGGCACUGCAGAUAGGCAGCCUCUUCUACCACGUCAACUGGACUGUGUCUUGGGACUCUUUUACCGAUUCAAAUGAUGUUGGCUGCUUGGAUGGCAACUACGGCACACCAGAUAUCCUGGAGAGAAUCGAAAACUUGAUCGAAAGGGAGAUACCAGACGUUAUCCAGACCGAAAAGUUCGCUGAUGAGAUGGUUUUGACAACAGAGGCGAUACUUACCAUCAGAAACAUGGUGACGCUGCCUGAAAAUGCGCACAACAUGUCGGAUUUUCACCCGGUGAAAGACUUGAUAUGUAUUCUUUUGCAGCUGCCGGCGAGAGAUUCCCUUACGGAAGUCAAGCAACUUGCUCUUGAUAUUGCGGAACAGCUGACACCUUUCAUGACUCUGGAAUCUGAUGACCCCUUAUACAAGAGCCUUUUGUCUCAGUUAGCAUCCGAAGAUCGAGGAACCAUCCUGACAGCACUUCGUGCACUUGGUAGGAUUUCAGUGAACCUAGAGGCUACAAACAAGCUGGGUGAAGUUCCAGGCCCGGUGCUUCAGCGAAUCGUGAACUGGCUUCUGCUGAACGAUGAUGAGCUCAUUGAUGCUUGUCUCGAUUUUCUCUAUCAAUAUACUGCAGUUGUGCCGAACCUCGACAACCUGGUGCGAUCUAUCGUGCCUGACAACUUGGUGCAGCAACUUGUUCGCUUGUUGGCUCACGGGGCUCGCAAAUAUACCAGGGACUACACAAUCGAGCAGGAGCAGAGGAUGCCAGCGAAAGACGACAUUGCUCCCAUGCCCGACGACCUUUUGCAAGAAAUGCUCAGAUUAGAAGAGCCUGAUCGAGUCCACCAGUGGGUCAAGUGCUUCUUUGAGGAGGACAACCGGUCCUUUAUCACCCAACUCGCCGCUUGGCAGGCUUACCAGUCGGCAUUCGCCACCCCCUUGAAGACAAUCAACCAGCCAAUGAUUACACCCGCCGAUUUCAUCAGGAACAGCACGUCUGUCUACAAGGACUCCAACGCCCAAGUGCUUCGAGAGCCUGGUGACCCGCAGCAGAAGUUUAUCAUCCACGGUAUUCGCGCCCGACCAAGGCCCCUUGCAUUUGACGGUUCCGAAUAUGGCCGCUGUUUGUGGGCUACCAACAUUGAUAAAAAGAACGAGAAAUGCGGCCACUUCUAUUUGAAGCAGGAGGAGAUGUGGAACCACAUCCUCAACACCCACCUGAACGAACAGAGGGGCGCCAACGGCCAGUACACUAAUGCCGAGAAGGAAUUCCAGUGCACAUGGGGCGAGUGUACCAAGUAUGACAAGCCGACCAAGAUGAACCUGCAGAGCUUUGCGCGGCACAUCACUACCCACAUCUCCACGAUGAUCCCUGGCCCGAAUGCCGUGCAUAGGCACCAGCGGAGCCAGUGGAUCGUCCCGGCCAAGACUAUGAGCAUCGUGCUGGAAGAGACGCCGACGUUCCGAGAUGAGCGGACACCCGACGCCCCUCCCCAGGCUGGCGGUAUCCCGCUAAGCGCCGUGCUGGUGCUCCGUAACAUUGCCCGCAAUGUAGUCAAGACUGAGGCCGAGGAAGAGCUCCUCAAGGAACAGUCUAGGAGUCCUGAGAAGGGAGGAUGGAAUGAGAAGCUCUUCCGGCCGCAUUUAUCACAGCUGUAUGGCAUUUUGGCAGAAAAUCUUGCCAUGAGCCCAUAUAUUGCGUCCCUGCUGGAGCUAAUCAUCCCGGUGCCUGAACGUGAUUAG